UAAUUCAGUUUCUGUGAUCCUAUCUGUAAGUUUCUAUGGAUCUGAUCAUAGUACCAGCGAAGGGAGUGUGGGCUUCACCAGCCAUGAUUCUCCAUCCCAAGUUAAACUAUUUACAAAUGAGGCCUGGUCCAUGAAUACGUCCCAUCUGGUCUGCCAGCACCUUGGGUAUAGUCGGGGAGCCUAUGCUACACUGAGCGGCAAUGUGUACAACACUACUGAUUCCAACGCCAGUCUAGAGUACGGUGCUAUACGGUGUGAUCAGGAUGCGAGGAACAUAUCAGAAUGCUGGUACGAAUCCAGACCAAGGGAUGGUGUAAGCAGUGAUAUGAUCAUUGCAGUGGUUUGCUGUACAUCUCUUGUAUGCGGACCUAAAGGGGAGUCUCUGGGGAUUAGUUCCGGCAUUAUUCCCGAUUCGGCCAUUACUAAAUCAAGUUGUGAUGCAUCGCUUGAUUGUGACUGCACCGCAGGGCGCCUACACUCCAACGCGACCUGGAUACCGGCUACAAACGACUACACCAGCCCUUGGAUUCAGAUCUCUUUGGAAUCUUUGCACUUGGUCACCGGGUUUGUCACCCAGAGUCACCAUUCCUUGGAUAAGGGUAUUACUUCGUAUACAAUAUCAUUCAGUUUGGAUACCGACACCUGGCUACCCUACAGGGAUGUUUACACGUAUUCUAAUUCUACGGUAGGCGAAUAUUAA